AUGCUCUCCUUCCUUUAUGCUGUCCACCACUUCUACCAGGAUUCUAGGAAUCUCUUAUAUAACCUCACUCUGGGUUACAAUAUCUAUGAAUACUAUUUUAGUGAGCAAAUUACUUUGGAUGCUCUUCUGGAUCUGCUUUCAGAUGGAGAGGCCAAUGUUCCCAACUACAGAUGUGGAACGCAGAAAAGCACCCUCGCUGUUCUUGAAGGGGCCAACGCUGACAUCUCCAUCCUCAUUUCAAACAUGUUGGGCACCUAUAAAAUCCCACAGAUCAGUUACAGUUUUGUUUCCCCGAUUCUGAGGGACAAAACUCAGUUUCCUUUCUUCUACCCGAUGCUCCCUGCUGAAGGAGUCCAGUAUCCAGGGAUGGUCGAGCUGCUCCUCCAUUUCAGAUGGACCUUGGUUGGCCUGAUGGCUCCAGACACUGACCAGGGAGAGAGGUUCAUGAGGACAAUGACUUCCAUUCUGGUCAAGAAGGGCAUUUGUCCAGUUUUAUCUCAAGUGUUUUCCGUAAAAAUCACAAACUUGGUGAUGACUUUGGAAGCAUUUGCCAAGUGGAGACAAGUGAAUGUCAUUCUCUACGGUGCAGAGAUUAGUUCAUUCCAGAUGGGCAUAUUCAUUACACAUGUCAUGCUUAAACAUCUUAAGGAACCCACCAUGGGAAAACUCUGGAUCAUAGCAGCCUACUGGGAUCUCACUUGGGAUUUCAUGGAAAGUAGUAUCUCUACCUUCCAAAACAUUUGGGGCUUUUUUUCCUUUCUUGUGCAGACAAAUAAAAUGGUGGCCUUUGAUGCUUUUAAGCAAUUUCACUCCUCCAUGAAACACUUUGUAGAGAAAUCCUUUAUGUGUUCCUCCAUCAAGGAUGUCUUGUCUGUGAAAGUCUGGAGACAGUGCAGAGAAAGAGAAGAACUGGAGCUUCUAUCCAAAGAAGAGAUCCAACAAAUCCUGUCUCUCGACAGCUCUUUCACUUACAACAUAAUCUUGGCUGUCGGUCUGGCCAUGCAUUCAGCCUAUUUCUCCAGAUCCAAAAGGCCAAUGAGAAACAAUGGUGAGAACCUGGGAGCUCAAAGGCUGAAGGCCUGGCAGUUUCAUGCUUUCCUUCAAAACCCCCAGUUGUAUAAUCAUUCCAUUGAUGGGGUAUAUUUUGAUGAGAAUGGAGACCUGGCUGUUGACUUGGACAUUGUGAACUGGAUGGUUUACGCCAACAAGUCUGUCACCAGAAUGAAAUCUGGGCAUCUAGAAAGACAGGGAAUCCAAACCAGUUCCAAACUGGUGAUUUAUGAGAACAAUAUUGCACAGGUGGAAAAGCUGAACAAGUUCUUGCUUGCAGAUUCAGAAAAAUGCGCCCCUUGUCCAGGAGAUCAGCAUCCAAAUAUCAGUCAAGAUUGUUGUAUUCCUAAGAUUAAAACCUUCCUAAAUUAUAAAGGCUAUCUAGGGGUCAUCCUAAUUUCCAUUACCAUGUUCCUGUCUUUGACAACAGCCUUUGUCUUGGGAAUCUUCAUUAAAUUCCUAGACACUCCAAUCAUCAAAGCCAACAACAGAGACCUUUCCUACAUCCUCCUGGUCUCCCUCCUGCUUUCCUUCUUCACUUCCUUCCUCUUCAUUGGCCAGCCAAGGAGAGUCACCUGCCUUCUCCGACAGAUAACCUUCAGCAUCAUCUUCUCAGUUGCCAUUUCUUCUGUCUUGGCAAAAACGAUCACGGUGGUGCUGGUUUUCUUGGCCACAAAACCAGGGAAUAAACUCCAGAAAUGGCUGGGGAAGAGCUUGGCCAACUCCAUCAUCCUUUCUUGCUCUGUUAUCCAGAUAGUCAUUUGCAGCAGCUGGCUUGGCACUUCUCCCCCAUUUCCUGACUUUGACUUGCACUCUCAGCCUGGAGAGAUCAUCCUGCAAUGCAAUGAAGGAUCUGUCGCCAUGUUUUACUGUGCUCUUGGCUACAUGGGCUUCCUGGCUACCGUCUGUUUCACGGUAGCUUUCCUGGCCAGGAAUCUACCUGGGGCCUUCAAUGAAGCCAAGCUCAUC